AUUGAUUGUGGAAUAUAAGGAUAUUGCCAGCAUUCACUGGGACUGGAAAAUUGCCCUGCUGUUUGUGGCAUUUGCCCUGUGUAUGUUUUGCCUUUAUAGCUUCAUGCCAUUGGUGAUUAAAGUCACUAGUGCCACUUCCGUCAACCUAGGCAUCCUGACAGCGGACCUCUACAGCCUUUUCGUUGGACUCUUUCUGUUUGGCUAUAAGUUUUCAGGACUCUACAUCCUGUCCUUCACCGUCAUCAUGGUGGGGUUUAUCCUGUACUGCUCCACCCCGACUCGCACGGCCGAGCCGGCUGAAAGCAGCGUGCCUCCGGUCACCAGCAUUGGGAUUGACAACCUGGGGAUGAAGCUGGAGGAGAACCUCCAGGAGACCCACUCUGCUGUCUUGUAGCUGGAGAAGAUGGCGCACCCAGCCCCCACCAGGAUAAAGCAGAGCCUGCUGUUUGCUGAGGGGACACUUGGGGAAAAAUAGCAGACUCAGAGUGGACACUCUACAACCCUGGCUUGGAUCCAGUGGUUAGGUUUUAGAAAGGAACACUAAACAAAGUUCAAAAGUAGAAAUACCAAACUAGAGCAGAAACCAAGCUAAGAGUGUGUUUCUGUGUUUGAGGACCA